AUGUUAGAGAUGAUUUCAUCAAGGGGGCCAUUUCUUAAGGCGAAACGAAAUUUAAUAUUUUUUCAUCAGAUCAAAAAUGCUCGAAACAUUGAGAUUGAAAGGAUAUUCAAGAGAAAUAUCGCAAGCAACGUCACAAAUAAAACAGAUUUGAAUACAUCACGUGGAAUUAAAAAUAACGUAAAAAAUGUAAAUUCAAAUGGUGACAAUGGUAGUGAAAAUGUAUUGAAUACGAGAAUAAAAAGAGGUGGGAAAGAAGAAAAUACCAGGAUUUAUUUGAAUAAACAAAACGGAAAAAAAAAAUAUACAUUAAACAGCUUUCUCAAUAUAAAAAAUAAUAAAACGCUCGGAAAUGGGAAUGAAAGUGAAAAUAUGCCUCUUGGAGGCAGUAGUAAAAUAUUGUUAAAUAAUGGAAUAAAAGGGAGAUUAAAUUCGAGUAAUAAUAAUAAUGGAAGUAUGAAUAAUACAAAUAUAUAUAUUAAUAAGCUUCAUGAUUAUUUAGACAUUUCUCAUAAAUCAGAAGGUGAUAAAAUUAAAAUAAACAAAAUUUUGAGCAGAUUACAAAAUGAUAAUAUAACAAUUAGUGUCAUAUUAGAUGUUUUAAAAAGUUUGUGUAAUAUAUUUUUAAAAAAAAAUGUGCAUAACAAUUUAGACAAUUUAAUAAUUAUCAAUAAUUUAAAUAAUAAUAGUGCUAAUGGUAAGAAUAUAUCAAAAAAGUUAAAAAACCAUUUUGAAGAGUAUUUUAUAAAUAUAGGAAAAUAUAUAAUAAAAUACAUUUCUUUUAUUAAUGAACAUGAUAUAUUUAAUUUGUAUAAAUAUUUAUAUUAUCUAAAUUAUCCACUAAGUCAAGAUACUAUGGAAUUACUACAAGAACAAUUUUAUUUACAUAUAGACAAAUUAGAUUCUUUAAAAGUUGCUCAAAUAUUUUAUAUAAUAAAUACUUUUUAUAAAAAUUCCUAUUUAAAAGAACCUGACGCUUUCUUUGUAUAUGUUAUUGAUGAAAAAUUUAAAAAUAGUUAUAAUAAUAAUGGUCGUAAAUUUUAUGCAGCUUCAUCAUUAACCCAACAGAUAAAUGAUAAUACAAUCAAUGGUAAUAUUUCAAAUUACACGAAUUCAAUCAAUUAUAAAGAAAAUAAUAAGUCCCUAUAUAAAAAUAUUUUAUUUGAUUCUAAUUUAAAUACGAAUUAUAAAGGUACAAACAUAGAGGCAAUGCCAAAUUCACAUAACUAUUUAGACCCCAUAACACUUAGUAAAAAAAAUAGCACAUCUUACAAUGUUUUACACUCUGAUUUAUUAAAUACAUUACCGAGCUAUACAAAAUAUAGUUAUAAUAGUAAUGAACCUAUUACAGAAAAUAAUGAGCUUCUUUUAGUUUUUAAAUAUAUCCAAAAUUUUCAUCAUAAAAUGAGUUUUUUUUAUGAUCGAAAUAUUAUGAACAAUUUAGAAAAAAAUUUGAAUAACUUUUCAAUCGAGAAUUUAUUACUUAUAUUAAAUAUAUAUAUAAAUAAUAAUGACGAAUUAUUUAAUAGAAAAAUUUUAAAUGUCUUAUAUUACAAUAUAGAUAAUAUGAAUGAGCAAAAUCUAAUUUCAUUAACUGAUUAUUUCAAAAAUACGAAAAUACUUAUGAACAGUAAAUAUUAUACUAGUAAAGAUAUAAAUGAAAUAUCAAUAAUUAACAAAAUUAUAGAUAAAAUAAAAAAAGAUAAUGAUCUUAUUAUUCCAAAUAAUCUUGCUUGUAUUUAUUUAAAUCUUCAUGAGGUGGUAAAUAAAAUGCCAAUCCCAAAUAAUAAUAUAAAAAAUAAUAGACAAGAAUAUACCCAUUUUAAUAGUACACAAAAUCAAAAUAGUAAUGAAAAUAUAUCGCAUGUUAAUAAUUCAUUGAAUUCUGGUAGCACACCUUAUGAUAAAACUGUUUACAACUUGGAAAACGAAUAUAAUUUUCAAAAUAAUGAAAUGUCUUACAAAGCAAAUGAAAAUAUAAAUGAAGAAGGCAUACAUUAUAGGGAAACAAAUAAUUUAGAAAAUUAUGAACAAAUGGAAAAUAUAAAAAAUAACAUGAUAAAUGAUAAAUAUAUAGAUAAAUCUGCAUUACUUUAUGAAAUAAUCAAAUUUUGUGAUACCCACAUUAAUAAUGUUUCUUGUUUUUCAUCUAUUCUUGAUUUAUAUUUAAUAUAUAUCAAAAAUGAGGUUAUAAAAAGUAAAACCAUACAAAUUUUUGAAAAAAAAAUAAAAACAAAUAAAAAUAAAUUGACACAGCAAAAUAUAUCAAACAUAAUAAUGUCCCUAAGUAUACAUCCUUAUCAUUAUACUCAAAUGUUUACAUAUUUGGAAAGUUUAUUAAAUGAAAAAUUAAACAAUACAAAUAAUCAUGAAGUGAAUCAAGAAAAUGAUAUAAUCUCGAUUAACGAAAGUGAUAAUAAAAGUAAUAUUAACAACAUUUCUAGCACUGCAAAUGAAACAGAGGAUAAUUUUUCACAUAUAGACCCAAACUGCUUAAUUGAUAUAUCAUUAGCCUUUGGAAUUAGUGGAAGACAUAAUUUUAAUUUAUGGAAAUUUGUUGAUGUUCAUAAAAUAAUAUUAACAUGCAAUAAAAAAUUAUUACUAUAUUUAUCAUAUAGCUUUUUAUUAACAAAUUAUUUUUGUCCAACAUCAUGGUUUUUUAUAAUUAAAAGAAUUGUAGAAGAUGUUAAAGGGUUUAAUAAAAAACAAUAUGAAUUAUUAUAUGAAAUAUUAAAAUGUAGUAUACUAUUUAAUUAUAUAGAUUUAAAUAAUUUUACAAAUAUGCCUAAAAAAUUUCCUACCAAUUUCAAUAAUGUGAAAACAGUAUUAAAUAACAAAAAUGAUACAAAUAAUUUUUUAAAAAAUCUUCACUAUCUAUUAAAUACAUCUUAUUAUCACUACAAAUUAAAACUAAUAAAUAAUCAAUAUACUUCCAAUGUACCUUAUGAAGAAGUUUUUAAUUAUCUAAAAUUAAAUUAUGAAAAAAAUAUUGAAUAUAAGCAAUUAUAUAUUAUCCCAUUUUUAUUAAAAGACUAUAAUGUUAUUAUCGACCCAUUACCAUCGACGCCUAUUCAUAAAUCGAGUGGAUAUAUAAUGGGAGAAAUACAACUAAAACAUAAAGUUUUUAAACAUGAAAAUUAUGUGGUUUUGUCAUUUUAUGAUGGAAUGUGGGAUGAAUUUAUAAAGCAAUCAAAUAGUACCACUAAUGACCAAAAUGUGUAUGACAUUAAAGCAUUAGCUGAACGUUUUAAAACAUAUGCUGAAUCACACAUUAAAAUUAAAAUUAAUAAAAAUAGUAUAUCAACACCUUCUACACUUGUAUAUAAUCAUACCAAAAAUAAAACUAAUACUCAGGGAAAUUAUUUGAAGUAUAAAAAACAAAAUGUGCCUCAAGAAAACACCAAAAAAUACCUAGUAAACAAAACAAACAGAAUUACAAAUAAUCAGGAUAAAAAAAAAUAUUUAAAAAUCAGAACUAAGACUAUUAAAAAAAAAAUAUAA